AUAACGCAAUUGCUUCGCUCUUGAGCUCUUGCAACGUCAGCUUCUCUGUCUUUUCUUCAGUCCACCGUUUUCCAUCGGCAGGGCCACCACCUCCCUCUCCAGUAACUGCCACUGGCACCUGCUGCUACUUGCUGCUUCAACCUUCGAUACCAUAUUUAGUUUGAGGAGACUCCGUAGCAACUGCACCUGUGUCAAAGCCCUUUCGCGCAUCGUUUUCAUCGCUUCAGAAAAGUGAGACGCACGUCCGAUUAGCCGGCGUUGCUUCACCAGCUGGCCUGUGCAUUCCGUCCUUUCUACACCCAUCUCGCAGGCACAUGCGGUUUUUAGCCUUUCUUCCUCUUUUCUGGCUCUAUUGACACAUGAGGGUAUAUGAUAAAUUCGGAAUACAUUAAACUGCGAGAUUUUGCAUUCUAGUGGAAGCAGAGGCCAAAUUGAAAUAACGUGGAGAUUCAUUAGACAUCAUUGUGACAAAAGUUAAAGUCACACAACAUGGCCGAGAGUGAGCCCUUUUUUUGGAUGGAAGAGCAUGCAGGGCAGCUCUAUGGUCCUGUAGGUACGAAAAGAAAGGCUAGAACAAGGAAAAUGGAAUUUGUUGGGUGGGGAUCAAGACCACUUAUAGAGUUUCUUGAAUCAAUUGGUAAAGAUACCAGUAAUCAGAUUUCUCAAUAUGAUGUUACUGCCAUUAUAAAUAAAUAUGUUAAUGAUCAUAACCUUCAUCACCCAACAAAAAAGAAAAGAAUUCUUUGUGAUGAGCGGCUCCUUACUCUUUUUGGAAGGAAAACUGUUGCCCGAAUCAAAAUCUAUGAAAUGCUGGGAUCUCACUUUGCUGAAAACCAAGUGGAUUCAGAUGAUGAUUUUCUUUAUAGUUCAGAAGAAGAGGAUUCUGCCUGUGAAAGACAGAAGAAAUUGACUUCAGAAAGAAAAACAUACAGUAAAAAGAAGGUUCUGGAAGCUCCAAAAAGCUGUUUUGCAGCCAUAAUUCCUGAUAAUAUUAAACUAGUCUACUUGAAAAGGAGUUUAGUUCAGGAUCUACUCAAAGAACCUGAAGCAUUUGAAGGAAAAAUUGUAGGAAGCUUUGUAAGAAUCAAGUCUGACCCAAAUGACUACCUUCAGAAAAACUCUCAUAUGCUUGUGCAAGUUACAGGUCUAAAGAAGGUCUCUGAGUCCAAUGACAAGGGUGCAGAAGUUGUUCUUCAAGUUUCGAAUUUUAUGAAAGAUGUCCGUAUAUCCAUGCUUUCAGAUGAUAACUUCUCUGAGGCAGAAUGCGAGGAUUUGCAUCAGAGAAUAAAAGAUGGUUUGCUAAAGAGGCCAACUGUUGUUGAGCUGGAAGAGAAGGUUCAUGUCUUGCAUCAAGAUAUAACAAAUCAUUGGCUUUUGGGAGAACUUGCUUUACUACAAAAGCUAAUUGAUCGAGCCAAUGAAAAGGGGUGGCGCAAAGAACUCUUUGAGUACCUGGAGAGAAGGCAGCUGCUGCAGUCUCCAGAUGAAAAGUCUCGGCUUCUUCGUGAAGUUCCAAAAAUUAUUGCUGAUGAAAUAGAAGUUGAAACUACUUCACAGGACUGUCCAGCUAAUAUGGAAGAGGGAAAUCAUGUGCCGUCAGAACCAGUCUCCAAUGAAGGGGCUGAAAUCCAUAUUCGUGAUAUAGUGGCGAAAAGUACUCCAUCAGCUUGGAUUUCUUUUGAUAUGGAUUCAACAGCAGGGAACAAAGCAGCCUUUGCGACAUCAAAGCAGAACAAGAGAAUGAAUGAGCAAAAGCAACCAACAGAGGUUGAUCAUGAGAGCAAUGGUAAAAUGGAGCCUACUAAUGCACAAGAGCCUCCUCAAGAUGAGCAAAAGCAACCAACAGAGGUUGAUCGUGAGAGCAGUGGUAAAACGCAGCCUAUGAAUGCACAAGAGCGUCCUCAAGAUGAGCAAAAGCAGCCAACAGAGAUUGAUCGUGGGAGCAAUGCUAAAAUGCAGCCUAUGCAUGCACAAGAGCGUCCUCAAGUUUUAGUUGCAGAUGAGCGAAAGCAACCAACAGAGAGUGAUCAUGAGAGCAAUGCUAAAAUGCAGCCUAUGAAUGCAGCACAACGUCCUCAAGGUGUGACUGUUAUCGAGGUGAUUGAUUUGAGCAGUGAUGAAGAAGAUGAGGAUUCAGGUGGUGAAGCUCAGAUUCUUGAUGACGAUGAGGAAAGCUGUAUAUGGUAUUAUGAAGAUCCUCAAGGAGAUAUACAGGGUCCAUUCCCGAUUUCAUCAUUGAAACGUUGGUAUGAUGCUGACUAUUUUCCCCCAGAUUUCAAGAUAUGGCAGGAAGGACAGAGCCAAAGGGAAGGUGUUCUGCUGACCGAUGUUCUUCGCGAGACAUAUCCCCAUUAAUUGGGGACAGUUCCCAUUGGUGGUCGAUAGUUCUACUGUGUUUCUCAUAAUUUUCCUUGUACAAAUUGCAGAACUGGUAGAAAGUUAUACAAAUAAAUUGCAGGGCCUCCAAGGAAAAUCCAUCCCUGCUGAAUGGUGGGGACUAGAGACUCCCUGUUUUCCCUGCUAAUAAAAACUUAGGAACUGCCUGUUUGUACAUUGCUGCUCCUAUUAAUGUUAAUGUAAUAUUGCUUCAGUAGACUUUUAUGUAAUCCUUUCAAACAAAAUUUAGUAAUAAAGACCACCAAGAUCUUCUUCUUUAA